AUGGAAUGUUCUAUAUUACAGACUUCUCAGACUUCAUCUGCUGAACAACGCUGUGCUAGUAAUGUUUGCAGGCGACGUGGUGAUAAUCGCGAAGGCGGUGGAUACUAUAAAAUUGAAGUCAUUAAAAGACACUGUGGCAUAGAAAGUAAACCAAUAGUUUACCAGCAUUAAACUGAGUUUGGUGGUGGGCAAAACGGAACUAAUUGUCCUCACUAAAGCAAGACUCCAUAACGAGCUCACCGUGAAUCUAGCGGGAUCCCAGGUAACGCCAGGCCCUACCUAAGGUACCUAGAUGUAGAACUCAAGCAAAAACUUAACUUCACAGCGCACACAAGGCUAACAAGGCCGUCCAAUUGUAAUCUAUAAUACUGUCAAACAUAAGUGCGGCCAAGCACAGAAAACGUAUCCUGUUGGCAAAUGCGGUUUACUCUAUGCGGGCUACUCUAUGGGGUACCAAUUUGGGCGGCCAAGAUGUGUGCGAAAGGUUGGAAAACCCUGAUAAAAGUCCAAAAAAGGAUAUUCUUGCGUGUAGAAUGCACCUACCAAAUUAUAUCCACGGAAGCGGUCCUUGUAAUGGCUAGUAUCCCCCCUUUGAAACUUCAAGCAAAGUGCAUACAACAGAUUUACCAAAAUAGGAAGUAAGACAACUAGGACCAUAUUACUCACGACGUAAGAAACGAAGUACAGCAAAGGUCGCAAGAAAAAUGGAACGCAGGUAGAAAAGGACGCUGGACCUACGAAUUGAUUGGUGACUUAACCAAAUAGGUUAACAGAAGUCAUGGACUUUUUAAUUUUCAUCUAACCCAAGUUCUAACUGGGUACGGCUGCUUCGCAGCUUAUCUUAAUAAAUUUAGUAGACUGGAUUCAGCGAAGUGCUACUUUUGUACCGACGCCAACGAUGACGCCCUCCACACGCUCUUUAUUUGCGACGUGUGGGAAACCAGAAUACGGAGGCUACAGAUGCUAACUGGAGGCCGAUUCUCACCAUUGACCAUGAUCCAAGCGAUGCUGGACAAUGAAAAUGUGAAACGCGGUCGCUACCUUUAUAAAUUAGGUUAUAGUGAGCAAGGAGGAGUAUGAACGAGACCGUCAGAAAAAUCUUUAGAAGUCGAAUUAAAUAAUAUAAUUAUCAAUGUAGGCCAAAGGACAAAUCAGAGGGGGAAAUCCCCUUCAAACUAUGUAAGACUGAUGUUUGGGCGAGUUGGAGGGGUCAGAAAUGUACCUCCCACAGACCCACCAUACGAUGUAGUUUUGUGCUCAAUAAAUGAUGGUGGCUGGGGGAUAAAUGACUAACGUUAAUGGCACCCUCAAGCAUCAAAAAAAAAAUAACUUGGUCCAACAAUAAGUGAUAUAAAUAAUAAGAAGUAUGUAUUAAUUAAUUAUUGGCAAGACAAAAAUAAAUAUUACUGAAAUUACACAGAAUCUUGAUUCGACGGAACGCGCACUAUGUAGUAAAAACAAACUCAAAUUCAUCUAUUAUGGUAUUAAUUUUUUGAAACUGUUCAAUUAAUCUUUUUUAUAAGUACGACAAGAAUAGACGAGAACGAAAAUAUAUAAACACGUAGUACUAACGUUGUUAUUAUCAUUUUAUUUUUUAAGGGGUUCAUUCCCCUUUCCGAAAUUUCAUGAAAAUAAUUUUGAAAGUUGAUUUUUAACAGAGUCUCAAAAGUAGUUAAUGAGGAAGAUAAAUACAAUUUUGGUUUUAUUUUAAUUUUAUCACUAGACUGUAAGUACUUAUAGUAUAUUGUUACUUAUUAUUGUCAUUUCUAUUUGUUGUAGUUUUCCUGCUUUUAGAAAAUUAUAAAUUCAGUGGCGUAUCCAGGGGGGUUGUAACCCCCCCAAAAAAAUGUCUUCGAAAUAAAAGAAAAAUACUAACAUACAGUUUGAAAAAAGAAUAGUGUUAUUACACUUAUCAAUUUACACAAUUAAUACAAACUAAUAAUAUACAAGUCCAGUCCAGUGUAGUAUGUAUAUUAUAAUAAUAGGUAGUUCUAUGGUUAUCAAUAAUCGCUUUCGGUUAUCCAAAAAGACAAAGUAUUUUGCAAUUGUCAAUAGAAGAAGUAUAUCCACAGACUAAUCGUUUUAAACUAAAAAAUCUAUGUGCAACUCGAUGGAUCGAUCACCAUGAUGCAGUAAUAUUAUUUGAAGAAAUUCAAUCAACUAUUUUACAUACACUAGAUAAAAUUAAGAUGAAAUAAAGAACGCUCUAUACGAACUAUUAUGUCAAAUAUACGAGACUGGAAAAAUUCCGAGAGAUUUUUGAUGCAGUAGAUUAGUUAUCCUACCAAAAAAACCCAGAGCCAAUCAGUGCGAAAAUUUUAGGACCCUAAGCUUGAUAUCACAUGUGGCUAAAUUACUGGCAAUAAUUGUAAGCAAACAGAUAAGUAAGAGAAUAGAAGCUAGAUUAGAAAAUGAUCAAUAUGGUUUCCGGAAGAACAAAGGAACCAGGGAGGCUAUUUUAGGUCUGAGAGUAAUACUUGAAAAACAAAUUGAAAGACAAAAAAUCACUUAUAUGGCUUUUGUAGACCUAGAAAAAGCAUUUGAUAGCAUAAAUUGGACAAGUCUCUUUAAGAUUUUGGAAGAAACUGAGAUAGAUUUUAAAGGCAGACGUAUUCUCUAUAAGAUCUAUGAAGAACAAGAAACCAUUAUUAAUAUUAAUACAACAACAGUGACUGCCAAAAUCCAGAAAGGUGUGAGACAAGGGUGCCCACUUUCACCUGCAAUAUUCAAUGUAUUUAUUGAAAAAGCAAUAAAUACCAUAAAACUUUGUUUAGAACAAAAAGGAAUUGGAGUGAAAAUAGGAGGGGUACUAAUAACAAUGCUUCGCUUCGCGGAUGACAUAGUCGUUCUUGCAACAUCUAAGGAAGACUUACAAGCAGCAUUAAAUGCAAUGAAAAUAAAUGUAGCCAAGACCAAAACCCUAGUAUGCUACAAGAAAAACAUACCAUCUAUAAAUAUAACAUUAGAAAACAAAGAAAUUACCCAAGUAGACUAUUUCAAAUACCUAAGCAGCAUUAUAACAGACGACGGGAAAUCAAUUAAAGAAAUCAGAAGCAGGAUAGGUCAAGCAAAUAAUACAUUUCUCAAAAAGAGAAUAUUACUAACAUCAAAAAAUAUGAACAUAGUAACGAAGAAACAGCUAUUAAAAACAUACGUCUGGAGUGUGGCAUUAUACGGAAAUGAGACCUGGACAAUAAAUAAGAGAGAAAAAGAUAUGUUAGAAGCUUUCGAGAUGUGGUGUUGGAGAAAAAUUCGAAGAAUAAGCUGGAUUGAUAGAAGAUCAAAUGAAGACAUCCUGAGGACAAUAGAUGAAAAACGAACAUUGAUAGACAUUAUAAAGAAAAGGAGAUGGCAGAUGAUAGGACAUACGUUAAGGCAUGGAAAUGAACUGCAUAGUAUAAUAAUCGAAGGAAUGAUAGAGGGUACAAGAGCAAGAGGAAGACCUAGGACGAGAUACAUUAGUCAAAUAAUGCGGGAUGCAAGAGUCACUUCCUACAGGGAACUUAAGAAUAUAGCAAAUGAUAGAGAAAAGUGGAGAAGUCAUUUAUUGUAA